AUGGAGCAUAGUUUUUAUGAAAGAAAGGGAAAUGAACAGUUGACUAGUUGGGGACUUUUGAUAUUGAUGGUUUUAUUAAUAAUGGCGCUAUGGGUAUCAUAUUAUUUGCAAGAUAAGAGAGUUAGAAGCAUGCAUGAGACAGUGAUAUCUAUUUUAUUGGGAAUGAUAGUCGGGGUACUUAUUAAAGAAAUCAAGAAUACAGAUAUUCAGAAGAUAGUUACGUUUAACUAUGGAUACUUUUUUAAUCUUCUUUUACCGCCAAUUAUAUUAAAUUCAGGAUAUGAGCUUCAUCAAGAACUUUUUUUUAAGAACGCAGGAGCUAUAUUUACAUUUGCAUUUGUUGGUACGUUUGUAUCAGCGGUUAUUACAGGACUUUUGAUAUAUUUAUGGGCGUUAACAGGCCUAGAACAGAUAGGAAUUUCAUGGAUUGAGGCACUAAAAUUUGGGGCAACGAUUAGUGCAACCGAUCCGGUUACAAUUCUUUCUAUUUUCCGUACAUAUAAUGUAGAUCCUACAUUAUAUACAAUUAUUUUUGGAGAAAGUUUAUUAAAUGAUUCAGUUUCAAUAGUUAUGUUUGAAACAUUACAACGUUUUUAUAAUAAGGAGAUGAGUAUAAUUGAUGUUUUUAUAGGAAUUGGAAGGUUUUUUAUAAUAUUUAUAAUAUCUUUGACCAUAGGGAUCAUAGCGGGUAUUUCUAUAGCAUUAUUACUGAAAUAUUCGCAUCUUCGCCGCUUUCCAUAUAUAGAAUCAUGUAUUAUUACACUAAUAGCUUAUUCAUCUUACUUAUUUUCAAAUGGAUGUCAUAUGUCGGGCAUUGUUUCUCUUUUAUUUUGUGCAAUUACAUUAAAACAUUACGCCUUUUACAAUAUGUCUAUACAAACACAAUUUUCUACAAAAUUUUUGUUUAAAAUAUUAUCUCAACUAUCAGAAAACUUUAUUUUUGUUUAUCUUGGGAUAUCACUCUUUACACAAGAAAAUCUUGUAUAUAAACCAUUGCUAAUUUUAGUUACAAUGCUUUUUGUUUGUAUUGCUAGAUAUAUAUCUAUAUUUUCUAUUUCAAAGUUGAUAAAUAUGAUUAUAGAAUCAUACAAUAUUGUUUUUUAUGAGAAAUUACCAACAUCUUAUCAAUUUAUGUUAUUCUGGUCAGGAUUAAGAGGUGCUGUUGGUGUUGCACUUAUACAAGCACUUGAAGGAAAAGAAGCAAAUACCUUUAAAGCAACCAUAUUGGUUGUUGUUGUUUUAACUGUUAUUAUAUUUGGAGGUACAACACCUCAAAUGCUAGAAAUUACAGGAAUUCGUAUGGGAAUUACUAAUUAUCAAGAUGAUUAUCAUAUGGAGAGCUUUUAUAACGAAAAUCCUUCACUAGAAGAAACCAUAUAUGACAGAUUUCAAUACAGAAAAUCAGGUUUUUCACCCAAUUCUCAUAAAAUAAACCAAUAUACAUAUGAAUCAGAUCAACAUUCAAGACAAUUGGAUUCUUUUAAUGUAUUAUACCAUUCUGAUAGUUCUUCUGAAACACAGGGAAACGAAGAAGAUAAUACUAAUAGGGAAUCUUUUGAUUCUAACCUUUUUUUCCCUACUGUCACUGAACCAGCAAAAUUAGAAGAUAUUUCUUAUACAUCUUAUGAAAUGACAAAUGAAGACAUAUCUACAGAUAAGGAUAAACUAUCUACAUCAAAUAAUCAUAUAAAAUGGUUCAAGAACUUUGAUUCCAAAGUUCUUAUGCCUUUAGUUGUUGAAAAAGACAUUUUUUCAAAAAAAAAGAACUACCAAGUCUAA